CCUCGCUCGCCGGCGGCCGCGUCCACCCCCGACGCUCUGAGGUCACCGACGGGGGCGGCCUGCGGGGGGCGGAGGGACGGAGGGAAGAUGGCGGCAGGGGCCGGAUAUUGGCGCCGCCUCCCCCAAUCCCGGAGCCGGCGCAGAUGAGGCGGCUCGGCUGGGGCCAGCGGCGCUUUGGAAGCCGAGCUGGGGGGACCCUGGCGGUGGGGCCUGGCCCUGCUGGAUGCCGGCGCCUCGGCUAGAGUGAGCGGCAGCGGCGGUGACGCCUCUUUCCUCGGGCUCUUUCCUUGUAGCUGAGAGUGCGAGCGGGAGGCCGGGAUGGAGGACGUUAACUCUAACGUGAACGCGGACCAGGAGGUGCGGAAGCUGCAGGAGCUGGUGAAGAAGCUGGAGAAGCAGAACGAACAGCUGAGGAGCCGCUCGGGGGCCGUGCAGGGCGCAGGCUCCCUCGGGCCCGGCAGCCCGGUUCGGGCCGGCGCGUCCACUCCCUCCUCCGGCACGGCGUCCCCGCGGGGCUUCCCCUUGGGCCUCAGCGCCAAGUCGGGCUGCGGGGCCGGGGCGGGCCCGAGGCGGACGAGUAGCGAGGAGCUGCGGGACGCCACCUCCCUGCUGGCGGCGGGCGAGGGCGGCUUGCUGGACGAGGUGGAGCCGCUGCGGCCUGACGAGCUGGAGCGCCUGUCAGGCUGGGAGGAGGAGGAGGAGAGCUGGCUGUAUUCGUCACCAAAGAAAAAACUUACACCAAUGCAGAAAUCGGUUAGUCCGUUAGUUUGGUGCAGGCAAGUUUUGGAUUACCCAAGUCCUGAUGUUGAAUGUGCUAAAAAGUCUCUUAUCCACAAACUUGAUCAAACUAUGUCAGCUCUCAAGAGGCAGACUUUAUAUAAUAAUCCUUUCAACUCUGUGAGUUACACAAGUCCUUACAGUCCAAACGCCAGUAGUCCCUACAGCAGUGGCUUCAAUUCUCCAUCCUCAACCCCAGUACGACCUCCUAUAGUCAAACAGCUUAUACUUCCUGGAAAUUCAGGUAACUUGAAAAGCUCAUCAGACAGAAAUCCUCCGCUCAGUCCUCAGUCGUCUAUAGAUAGUGAGUUAAGUGCUUCAGAAUUAGAUGAAGAUUCAAUUGGAUCCAAUUAUAAGCUAAAUGAUGUAACUGAUGUGCAGAUUCUAGCCCGGAUGCAGGAAGAAAUGGAAAGAACCUUGAAAUACACGUUUCAGAAUUUUGACAAUUGGAUGAGGGCAAAUAUUACAGUUCCUUAUGUUUCAACAGCUUCGCAAAGGCUGAAAAAUUUGCCUCGUACUUCCCUCAAAGCCAAACAGUUGCUUCAAACUUCAUCUACAAAAAGAGUACCUUCUCCUGGCAAAUUCCGCUCCCCUGCAGCACCAUCUCCUUUGGCUCUCCGGCAACCAGUGAAAGCAUUUAGUACCCAUGGCUCUGGUUCUCCUGGUAGCCAAGAAACAACACAGCUCACACAAACCACCUCCUCACCUGGGCCUCCCAUGGUUCAGAACACAGUCUCAGCAAAUCCUCCCAGCAAUAUCAACAGCACUACUCUAACAAGACCUGCAGGGACAACCCCAAUGAGAAGUGGCUUGCCCAGACCCAGUGCCCCUUCUGCUGGGGGCAUACCAGUGCCUCGCAGCAAACUUGCACAGCCUGUUCGCAGAUCCUUGCCAGCUCCUAAAACCUAUGGUAGCAUGAAAGAUGACAGUUGGAAAGAUGGCUGUUAUUGACCAGCAAAGACAAGAAUGCAGAGGUCCGCGGUUUCAUGGAUACCCCUUCACCAGGCUACAGAACAACUUUUAUAUGCAGACUGUUCAGAUAAGACUCUUGGGAUUUGUAAAAUCCCAGCCCUCUCUGUCUUAAUUAGCACAAACCGGCAGAGAUCAUCAAACAGCACUUUAAUGACAUUUAACAUCAGAUGUGUUUGGUAAUCAUACAAUCACUCUCCAUGGAAUCACUUUUAGUUUUGUUUAAUAGAAACUAAGUUGAUUUUUAAAUAUUCGACAGAGGCCAAUAUCUGGGCAUAUACCUAAUGGAUGCCAAAGAGAAAUGCCCAUUUGUAAAUGAGAAAAUACCUUUGUACACAAGAAAAUGGUGAAUUCAAGCUAUCCAAAACUUCACAUUCAACCUAAUUUACUGUAUAAAUAGUAUCAAUAAAUAUUUGUGUUAAAGAGAACUAAUAUUCUGACUAAUUAUCUAAACUAUUUCACUCAUGUUUCACUAGUAUUCCAGGAAGCUAUAGAUUAGGAUUGGGGGGAAAGAGGGAGGAAGAAACCUGGACUAGAGAUUUAAAACAUGAUCCCUAAAUUUAGGAGAAUUCCAUAAAUUAUUUUUGCAGAUUCAUUAGGAAAAUUAUCAUUUUAUUUAAUCUUAAGUUUUGGAUGUAGCUCACGUGUCACCACCACCGGGUAGUGUUACAGCGCGCAUCCAUCAUGUUGCAUCGACACAUCAAACUCCUGUGUGUUUGUUUUGAUUGCCAGAAGGGCUUAGUAUCAGUUGUACAAUCUUUCUAAACUUUAUAGUUCCUGGCUCAGGAAAGAUGGCCUUUGCUAUUGAAGCCAACUUCUACACAUGCUGUUACCUGUUACAGAACUGAGAGAUCUUGUUUCUAUCAGCAGGUUUUCAUGAUAGGAAAGAGCAAGUACUGUGUAUCUUUACUCUUGAUAUAACAACACCUCAGUGCUUACAACCUGGAACAAAACCAUACAGUAAGAGAGAGGGGGGGAAAAAAUCUAUGCACUUAACCUACAAAUCUCUAGUGAUGACAGUUGUAUUGUUGUUAUUAAAUGGCAUAAUGGUCUGUUAUGUGGUAGGAAAAUACAGCCUAUGAAAUCCUACUUAAGUUGAUCUACUUUAAGCUGAAUAACUGUGUAAAACAUCUUUUGAAAAUACUGUCCAUUUUGACUUAGAUUCUGCCUUACAUCAGUUUUGCAUUUUUGGUAACAAACCAACAUAUAAUUCUAGCCUGUUAAAUGCUUGCUCUCUAAUGGCUCUUAUGUAUAUCCUUAAAAUCACCUAUUUCAGUUUUAUCAAGACUAUUACCAGAUUAAAACUUCCUUCUGUAA